UGUGGAUCUUUUUUUUAGGGAAGUGAAGGUUUAAAGGUUUGACCUCAGUAUAAAACAAGCCCCCCGUCUUUGUGCUUCCCUUUAUUCCAGGAGCGUCAGCGGACUACACGGAUUCUCCAAAGGUUGGAAUCGUCACUGCUGCAUCAUGUCAAACAUUGAAUUGCUUAGGGGCAUUCGAAACACAACUAAAGUAACGCUACCUGUACUAGUUUGCUCAAAGUCGAUUGCUUGCAUUUUACCAGUUGCUUAUAUUGUAAUUGGGUCUCUGUAUCUCAAUGAGUGUCCACGGCAGCACUACAUCCCCAUCUACCUGAUCGCGUCGGGGGGGUUAACUUUGCUCAAUGUGCUGCUGUCCUGCAUCCCCUGCACCCAGAGGGACGAGGACGACAACGACGCAGGCAACACCCCCCUCAUCAUACUCUGCACCACCUGGAAUUCACUGACCUCGCUCUUCCUGUUCUGCUGGUUCAUUGCUGGUAAUGUGUGGAUCUACUCUAUUUACCAGCCCAACUACACCAAGAACUCAACGAGUCCCGAACUGUACUGCAACAAGACGCUGUAUAUGUUUGCCUUCUGGACCACCACCGUGGGCUACAUCCUCGCGGGUCUGUCCGUUGUAUCCUGCUCAUGCUUGGUCUGCUGCUUCCGCCAGUAUGUUCAAGCUGAUCCCGACAACAAUGUGUAGCCACUGAAGCUGUAGCUGCAGUACUUGGUAUUUUAAUCAAUCUGAAACAUGCACUUAUUAGCUUAUUAGUGCAGCAAGGACUUCUCUUUUACCUGUUUUCAAUCUGCCGUUCUGCCCAUAUAUUGUCCAGUCUCUCUUCCCUCCUUCCCUUUUUUUCUGCUGUGCAGCCUAUGAUAAGGAAUCUCACCAUCAUAAGCAGCGAGGAAACUUGAAAGGGGAAGUGUAACACAACAAGAACUGACCAAAUACUAAUCAGCUAUUUGUAUCCUAUGACAAAAAAAUGUCACUUUAGCAAAACAGAUGAGAACUGAACUAAACCACUUUAAGUCUGUGCUUGUAUGUUUUAUUUUAUGUGUUCAGCAACUUUUGUUUUCUACGUAAAAAUAGAUUGUUUGUCCAUUAAAAGGUUCUGUGUUCUAAAAUAAA